CAGAACUAAACCCGCCAUCAAGUCAAAGCCGAUAGCCAUCGUUUGAGCGACAAUUUUUGGACCUCGCCAUAGGGCUCGGUCAACUUCCGAACUCCACUCACAACGCUACGUCAAAAGUGGUGCGCUCUCAUAAAUGAAAGCUCUGGGGUAGAGUUUCCCCAUGGGCAUUACGGAGUAUUCGUGGCGCCAUGCCCAGCGGGGUUGCGUUCCCACUAAAGCUUUACGUCGCCGAUAUAAGAACUUGGCUCAAGAAGAGUCUCAAUGCGUCACGAGAUGCAAUACAAGACAAACGACAUCGUUGCUCUGAGGUCGCAACUCCUGCACCAUGUCGAAAUAUAGCCCCUAUUUUUUCAUCACUGUGCUCGUCAUAGCCUGUGGAUCUAUUCCCAAAGGUUAUGAUGAGGGCGGCUUCAGUGCGGCGACAAAACUCCCUUCGUUCGUUGCGGACUUUGGACUCAGCAGCAAGUUAUGGGUAGGAGAUGCAGCAGGUCUCGCUAGCCGCAAGGCAAACAUUUCCUCAUUCGGUGUUCUGGGGGCCGCAAUUGGCUCCAUUCUCGCUGUGCUGGUUACAGACCGACUAGGCCGCUUGCGAGCAUGGCAGAUCUGCUCUGUGAUUUGGAUGAGUGGUUAUCUCAUGACAAUCUUCUCAAGUGGCAUUCUCGGUUUCCUGCUUUUUGCGAGGAUCUGGGGUGGACUUGGCGCAGGUGGGCUGACCGUAGUUGCGCCACUGUAUCUCACUGAGAUUGCGCCCGCGAAGUCGAGAGGAAUGAUUGUGAGCAUUUAUAUGGUCUUUCUACUAACCUUUCUCAUGUUAGGCUUCUUCAUAAACUAUGCUGUGAAUGCUACAAUGCCGUCAACCCGGGAACAAUACCGGAUCGUCAUCUCAAUUCCACUCAUUCCGGUUGGAAUUGCCCUCAUGGUGUCUUUUUUCCUGUCGGAUACACCACGUUGGCUUGCGUCCCAAGACAGAACAGAAGAAGCUCUUGCCGUUUUGACAAGGCUCCGAAGCGUUAACGGCAAGGACGGUGAGCUAGCGCAAGAGUUCGAAGAUAUACAGCUUCAGAUACGCAGCAAAGAGCAAGCCCUUGCCGGCGCAUCGAUAUUUACUAUUGUGAAAGAGAUCGUAACGAUUCCAACAUUCCGCAAAAGGUUUUUGCUUGGUACUAUCAUGCAAACUGUUGCACAGUGGUCAGGCGGUAAUGGUAUUACCUAUUAUAUAGUGGACAUCUUUCAGUAUGCCGGUAUCACAGGAGACAACUCCUCUCUUAUCACAAGCGGCGCUUACGGCGCUGUCAAGCUUUUCUUCACCAUGAUAUUUACAUGGGGCCUGGUCGAUGUCUUUGGUAGGCGAAAAUGCUUCAUUGCUGGCCUUGGCCUUCAAUGCGUCACCCAUAUAUACAUGGCUAUUUACAUGGCUAUCUUCAAGGACACGGAGAACAAGUCAGCGUCUGAUGCCGCCAUCGCGAGUGUCUUCAUCUACGCAGUAGGAUGGUCAAUCGGACUCUGCACUGUUCAAUACCUUUAUGGAACGGAAAUCUACCCGACAAGAAUUCGAACUGUAUGUUACGCCACAAACAUGAUGCUGCAUUGGUUCUUCCAGUUCGCAGUCGUGUUGGUCACGCCCACCAUGUUCGUAGCGUUGAAUAUAUGGGGCGCAUAUGUGUUCUGGGCAUGCGUCUGCGCCGUGGGUCUGGUCUUGUUAUGGUUGAUAGCACCAGAGACCAAGGGUGUCCCGAUGGAAAGAAUGGAGGAGUUAUUCUCUGGACACUGGUGGAUGGGAUGGAAAGCAAGCAUUGAUUCUAACGUUGCGACAAGUGUCCAACAAAAAAGCGAACGCUUUGAUGAUGAGAAGCCCGCAAGUUAUACCGUGGAGCAGAAACGGGUGGUUUAAGUCGCACCUUUGUACCUUUUUCUGUGACCAAUAUAUUUAAGCGUCAUAAUGAACUGUAUU